AUGUCGUUCUUCGGCUUCGAUACGAGCCUGCCGGCCGAUGACAAGGCCGCAGUGCUGUCAUCGAAAGACGAAGAACGCGCUUUGAAUGAUAAGAUCGAGCGUGCUCUGGCUGCGAGUGCGCAAGAGGAUGUCGAAGUAUACACAUGGGGCCAGGAUGGCUACGAUGGCCUAGGUGAACAGCUGGAUGAGGCGAAUGACGACGUAAACGAAGACACGUUUGGUACUUUUGCUGAAGAGGUAGGAACGGAUUUCGAUUUUGGACAUGCUGCGGCCGCUCCUCCCAGAAGCGACCGGAACGCCUCGGCUUUUGCUGCAUCACUCGAUGAUUUUUGGGAUACGCCUGCACUGUCGCGUACAACGGCAUCUGUGCAGCCGCCAAUGAGGCAUGCACCCCCACCUGCGACGCUUGAGCAAGUGGAAGCAGAACUCAAGUCGAAAAAGGCUUCGGCAGCACCUUCAGCUGAUGCACCGCCGCCCCGACCCCUAACACUGGGUGAAGUGGAAGCACAGCUCCUGCAGAAGCGUACUUCGGUCAACGCGCAUCCGCCUGUUCGUCCUAGUCAACCUCCAACGAUUCCCCCGCCCGGUAUAGUCCCUCCCAUGGUACGUCCCGUGCCGGGCGCAGCAGGUCCUCAUCCUGGUUCUGUGCCAAUGGUGCCACCUAUGCUAAUGCCACCUGGCAUCAGGCCUGGUGCAUCCGAUGUGGCAUCUACCCCGUUGCCGCCACCGCCGGGAAUCCGUCCGACUGUGCCCGUAUCGGCGCCGCGGGCCCCACAGCAGUCCGCGGCUGAGGCCCAGGCUGCACACCUCGCACGUAUGCGUAUGAUGUUGGAGGCAUGUCCGUCGAAUGUGCAGUCAGCGAUCCUGUCACUUCCGCCACCUAUCCAAUUUGAUUCGCUGGAAGAUAUAGUGCGGCAGUACCCGUCGCUUUUACGCGGCGAUACGAGCGACGCUGAGCAGGCCUCCCAGGUGCUCACAAGUCAGGCAUCCGAACGACUUGAGAACUGGAAGAAGGCGGAGGACAAGCGCCGUGCCAAAGCUGCCAAGCUGGCUCAUAUGACGCGCUACAAUGGUGUCAUGUCAGGUGCCGACAAGGACUUUAUCACCCGCAUUCAGAUCAGUCAGCUCGUGACGUCGGAUCCGUACACGGACGACUUUUACGCACAUGUGUUCUUUGCUGUGCGUGGCGGUGCCCGGAAAGUCGUGGUUCCGGAUGGAUCCGUGGAGGCGAUCCAGCAACACAAGAAUGCUGAAACAAGUGGAAAGGGAGCGCCGCGCAAGUUGACGCGGCAUGAAAAUGCCAUGCUCAGGAUGCAGCAGCAAGUCGAACGCCUUGUUGAUAACCGCAAGAAGCGCGAGGCAAAAGGUGCUGUUUCAUCGCAAUCAGGCACGCUGGGCCGUGUGAGUCUUGUAACGGCAAACAAGCCGCGUCAGAUGUUGCAAUUGAUCAACCAGCCAGGCGAGGCGCCAGGAUCACACGCCGCACCGGCCGCACACAACCAAGAAGAUGCGGUGCGCAUGGCGCUUCAGGAUGCUGCGCUGGGUGAUGCUGCGCGUGCACCGCAGAGUGCGACACGUAAGGCCUUGACACGCCGCGAGUCGCUUGCGGCACUGGAACGUUUGUACCACCUUGUGUUGCAGCUGGAGCAGCUACGUCGCGAACCAUCGACGCCCGAGAAUACGGCAGCGCAAAAGCAACUUACCGAGGCGCUGUGGAAAGAGUUGCGCGUGUUAGAACCGCUCGGUGUGUCGGACCCACAUCCUUUUGUGAGCUUGCUGAACCACGUUAAAGGCAAGAAGCUCAUCCCUCGUGUGUUCCGUCUGCUCAGUGCUGAGCAGGCUCUUGCCAUGCUCACCAUGCUCAUUGCAUCGUUUGAAUCGCUCGAUGCUGUGAAGGAGUUCGCACAAUGGGAAAAGUAUCGUGUCUUGGAACCUAUGCGACAUGUCCGCCCGCCUAUAUCGGCACAUCAAGCCACCGAUCUGGGCCGUAGUAUCGACGCUUUCUCCAAUUCGGUGCUCUUCCAGAUGAUGGCGCUCAUCAAUACGCUCUCGUUGCGCAUCAUUAGCGGUAUGCUGGCACUGCUGAUGGAACGCAAUCAUGUUUUGGCAUGCGCCCGUACGCGCCCUGGUAUUUCGCUUUUGUCGGCACUGUUGUCGCGUGCCGAGGCAUUGCGGCAGGCAGCGAACGCUCCACCGGCUGCCGACGAGCUCGAGCAGUGGUACAGCGUGUUGGGCGUGCUGUUCAACCGUCUGUCGUCUGACGGUCAGUUGCCCUCGCUUUUCUACUCAACACGCGCCGCAUCGUACAUGCCAUUCGGCGUCGAUAUGUUCUCGCUCGGCACAGUCCCGGGACAUGCACCGGACAGCAAUGCAGAAGACGAGCCGGUCUGGAAUUUCAUGGCACUCCUUGCCAUCCAUGCAAACCUAUCUCAGCAGCAGGUGCUGGUGCAGGAACUGCGCGAAAAGAUUCUCUCGAAUAUUCUCGCUGCCAAAGAAGCGAAGGCUUCGUCCCUUCCUAUGCCUCCUGGCGCAGAAGACGCGCGUAUUCGCAACGUCAAUUUGUUGCUGCAUGCCCUGAAUCUCGAUGCAGCACAAAUUACACUUUAA